GAUUGGUCCAUGUGUGUCACGUGUGAGGGGAGUGACGCCGGCCGGGCGGCACGUGUGGAGGAGGCCGGGCCGGGGGCGCCGCGGCUGCUGAAUGUGGGGCUGUUCGCUGGGGCUGCGGCUAGGUUGCCGCUGGGCUCCGCUCCGCCGCGCCAUGUCCAGCGGCCCCGCUCCGCCGCGCCGGCCCCGGCCGCCCAAGGACCCUUUGCGGCACCUGCGGGCCCGGGAGAAGCGGCAGAGCUCGGAGUCGGGCGCGCCCGGUCCCAGCAUCGUCUACGUGCAGGUGGCGGCGGCUGGGAGCCGGGACUCGGGCUCCGCGCUCUACGUCUUCUCCGAGUACAACCGGUACCUCUUUAACUGCGGGGAAGGGGUCCAGCGCCUUAUGCAGGAACACAAGUUAAAAGUGGCUCGUUUAGAUAACAUCUUUCUGACCAGAAUGAACUGGGCGAAUGUUGGUGGUUUGUCUGGAAUGAUUCUCACCUUAAAGGAAACGGGGCUCCCAAAGUGUGUUCUCUCGGGGCCACCACAGCUGCAAAAUUACCUGGAAGCUAUCAAAGUGUUUUCUGGGCCACUGAAAGGAAUAGACCUGGCUGUGCGGCCCCAUACAGAAUCCGAGUAUAAGGAUGAGACGAUGACCGUCUAUCAGGUACCUCUUGUGGGAAGGCAUUUAGCCAGUGAGUACAGGCUGCAUCAGAGUCCUGAAAGGUCAGUCCAUGGUGGAGUCAGCCCCAAAUGUGUCUCAGAGCCUGGAUCUCCCACCGCUGCGCAGCAGUGUCCAGAAGGUGACAAGAAUAGAGAAGCCCCGAAGAAAACAGAUGGCAACAGGAGAGUUGGCAGCAGAGACCCAACCCUGGUGGUGGCUUUCAUCUGUAAACUUCACCCAAAGAAGGGAAACUUCUUGGUGGCCAAAGCGAAGGAGCUGGGCCUGCCAGUUGGUACAGCAGCCAUUGGCCCCAUCAUUGCGGCUCUCAAAGAUGGGAAGAGUGUCACGUUCGAAGGCAGAGAGAUCCUGCCCGAAGAGGUCUGUACCCCUCGUGAUCCAGGCUCUGUGUUCAUUGUAGUGGAAUGUCCUCAUGAAGGCUUUGUGGAUGCUGUCUGUGAAAAUGACACAUUCCGCAGGUACCAAGAAGGGAAGGCUGAGGGUCACGUAGCCUUGGUUAUUCACAUGGCCCCAGAGUCAGUGCUUCAAGACAGCCGGUACAAACAGUGGCUGGAAAGGUUUGGACCCACAACUGAACAUCUGAUACUUAAUGAAAAUGCAAACACUGUGCACUGUCUCCGCAGCCACAAGAUCCAAACUCAGCUGAACCUUAUUCACUCAGAAAUCUUCCCACUGCUAACCAGCUACCAGAGUCAGGAAGAAGAGGCCACUUUCAGCGUUCCUGUUGUGCGGGGAGAAUGCCUCCUGAAAUAUCAGCUGAGACCCAAACCGCAGUGGCAGAGGGAUAUGGUUGCUGUCUGCAAUUCCAGUGAAUUUGUGGCUGAAGCCCUGGAGCUCCCUGGCUUCCAGGACCGUGUGAAGGAGUGCAGAGAGCGCCUGCAGGCUGGGCCAGUCAGGUCAGGUAAAACUGAGCAUUACCCAGAAAUCGUUUUCCUAGGAACAGGCUCUGCAAUUCCAAUGAAAAUCCGGAAUGUCAGCUCCACCCUGAUAAAUAGCAGCUCUACCCAGUCGCUGCUCCUGGACUGUGGGGAGGGAACAUUUGGCCAGCUCUGUCGCCACUACGGGGACCAGGUGGACAAAAUCCUGUGCAACACAGCAGCUGUGUUUGUGUCUCACAUCCAUGCCGAUCAUCACACGGGCUUGUUGAACAUUCUGCUGGAGAGACAGCGCGCAUUCGCGUCCCUUGGUCAGCCAUCAAGCCCGCUGCUGCUGAUAGCGCCCACGCAGAUCAUGUCAUGGCUACACCAGUACCACGACAACUGCCAAAAGAUUCUUGGUCACGUCAAUAUGAUUCCUGCCAGGUUUCUGGUGGAAGGGGCAAAUGUCGUUGGACCUAAAGCCAAAGCUCUCAUUAGCUCACUGCUGGAGAAGUUUGACUUUGCUGAGUUCCAGACAUGCGAGGUCCGGCACUGUAAAAAUGCCUUUGCUUGUUCGAUGGAACACACAUCUGGCUGGAAAAUCGUCUAUUCUGGUGACACGAUGCCCUGCGAGGCCUUGGUCCGAAUGGGAAAAGAUGCUACACUGCUGAUCCAUGAAGCAACGUUAGAGGAUGGCUUGGAAGAAGAGGCAAUAGAGAAGACACACAGCACGACGUCCCAGGCGAUUGGGGUUGGGAUGAAGAUGAAUGCAGAAUUCAUCAUACUCAAUCACUUCAGCCAGCGGUACGCCAAGAUCCCGCUCUUCAGUGCAGACUUCUCUGACAAGGUUGGAAUCGCAUUUGAUCACAUGAGGGUGUGUUUUGGGGACUUUGUGACAAUCCCUAAGCUGAUCCAGCCCCUGAAGGCUCUGUUUGCUGAUGAGAUUGUGGAAAUGGAGGAGCGGAAGGAGAAGCGGGAGCUGCGCCUGUUGAAAGAGGCUAUUAUAGCUUCAGAGAAGCUGGCGAACAGCGAGAACAAGGCUAGCAAGUCGACCCCGGUCUCAAAGAAACGGGAACAUGCAGAGAACCAUCAGGAAGGGCCGAGCAAGAAGCUUAAAACAGCAAACUGAGCCAAGCAGCAUACGGCCUUUGAAAGAAAGUAGCUCUGAGCAGCUUUGGGGAGUGUGGAGUGCUGCAUACCCCCCACCCCCAAGUGAGGGUAUGGGGUGCCUGUGGUGAUGGGCUGGCAAUGCCUGCAACUGCUACAUGAGCGGGAUUCCCCCUUGUGCUGACAUAUUACCAAGUAUACAAUAAGCAGUGACAAGGUCUCUGGCCCAUGUCAGCACAUGCAAUUCAAAUUCAUGUUUCUUGCUGGUGCUACCAGCCAUCUGUCAACUUCCAGCUGCCUUUCUUCCCCCAAGUGUUUUUAUUUAUUUUUUGGUUUUAGACUGGAAGCUGUUGUGUGUAACAGCAGUUGUGAUGACAGGAAGUCGCUGAAGGUGAGGUCCACAAAACCCCCAUGGGGCUAUGGAAUCUCCCAGAGUACAUUAGGAAAGCCCCUGCUUACAAUUGUGGGAAUGUAACAGUGUAAAUAAGGGUCUGAUCCCAGAUGAUAUGAGGUAAUUCCACAAUAAAAUGAGACCCGAUUAAGUUUA